AUGGCAAAUUGGCCGACACCAAGUGAAUUAGUGAACACUGGAUGUCAUAGUGUCAUUAGCCAAGGGAAUAAGAAGCCCCAAAAUAGAAAAGAAAAAGAAGAGAAGGUUGAAAAGAGAAGCAACAGUGAAAGCAAAGAAAACCGAGAAACAAAGUUAGAUGGCCCCAUUGAAAAUGUUAGCGAAGAUGAGACUCAGUCAAGUAAUCAGCGAAAGAGAGCUAAUAAACACAAGUGGGUACCACUCCACUUAGAUGAUGUAAGACAAGAUUGUCAAGACAGACCAGGAUCACGGAAUAGCAACUCUAGAUGUCAACAUGAAGCAAAUAAAACUGCACAUAACAAUAGGCGAAAUGAUAUGAGAAGUUGGAGGCGAGACAGAGAAAAGAGAGAUGACCAAGAUGAAGUUUCCAGUGUGAGAAGUGAGGGUUGUAAUAUCCGAGGUUCCUUUCGAGGACGAGGACGAGGCCGGGGAAGAGGCCGAGGACGAGGCCGUGGCAAUCCUAGACUAAACUUUGAUUAUUCAUAUGGUUAUCGAGAACAUGAUGAAAGGACAGAUCAACCAUUUCAAACAGAACUAAAUACCACUAUGAUGUAUUACUAUGACGAUGGUACAGGUGUGCAAGUAUAUCCUGUGGAAGAGACAUUGCUUAAGGAGUAUAUUAAGCGCCAAAUUGAAUAUUACUUCAGUACAGAAAAUUUGGAACGGGACUUUUUUCUUAGAAGAAAAAUGGAUGAACAAGGUUUCUUGCCUAUUUCCUUGAUUGCUGGUUUCCACCGUGUUCAGGCUCUCACCACAAACCUUAAUCUCAUUUUAGAGGCAUUAAAAGAUAGCACAGAAGUGGAAAUAGUGGCUGAGAAGAUGAGAAAAAAGAUAGAACCAGAAAAAUGGCCAAUUCCUGGCCUUCCUCCACGUAGUGUGCCACAAACAGACUUCUCUCAACUAAUUGAUUGCCCAGAAUUUGUACCAGGUCAAGCCUUUGGUUCUCACACAGAGUCUGCCCCAAACUCUCCAAGAAUUGGAAGUCUGUUGGGUCCAAAGAAAAAUACCAACACAUGCAAUCUUCAAGCUAUGUGUAGAGGGUUGUCUACUAGUUUGCCUGACUUGGACUCAGAGCCUUGGAUAGAAGUAAAAAAGAGACAUCGCCCUUCACCAGUGAAACUCAGGGAAUCAAUAUCUGUACCUGAUGAGACAUCAAAUCAAUUGCAUCCUUCAGAAGAGCAAGAGCAAGAAGUACUUGAUUUCUUAUUUGAUGAAGAGAUGGAACAAAUAGAAGGUCGGAAAAACACAUUUACUGACUGGUCUGAUAGUGAUUCAGAUUAUGAAAUUGAUGACCAGGAUUUAAACAAGAUAUUGAUUGUAACUCAGACACCACCUUAUAUGAGAAAACAUCCUGGAGGAGAUCGAACAGGCAACCACUUGUCUCAGGCGAAAAUUACAUCUGAUCUUGCUAAAGUCAUCAAUGAUGGCUUAUAUUAUUAUGAACAGGAUUUGUGGAUGGAAGAGGAUGAAAACAAGCUCACGGCUAUCAAGGUAAUUGUUUCUGACCCAUGUGUAUGCCUGUUGAUACACUCUUUUGAGUGUGUAUUGCUGUUUAUAUUUCCUAAACUUGAGGCUUUAGUUUAUGAAACUUUGUACAUAAAUUGUUUAGUUUGAAAACUU